AUGUACAGAGUUAAGAUGGCUGUGAUGUAUAAGUGUUCAGUUCUUCCUGUGAUUAGCUUCGGGUCGUUUCGAGCUUCCACUCUUCUGUUUAGGGAAGCUCCUCUUUUGACAUGUACAUAUAACUUUAUGCUCUUAGCUACUGCAAUAGUGUGUUAUAGGAGUGUUAUGCCAGUAGCCAUAAGAAAAAAUAACGAAGGAACAAAACAUAAAUUUAGAGUGAGAAAGAUUGAUUUUUACUCUUGUUUUUAUAGUGAAAGAAUUACAAAAAUGAGAAAGAAAGGAAAAGGAAAAUCAAAGGAAAGAGAACGAACGGGACCACCUGGAACUGCUGGAUGGGGUUUAAUGGAUGAGAGCGAUAGUGACGAAGUGGUGGAAGGACUACAAGUUGCUUUAUUGUCACCAGGUUUUGAAUUUUUUCAAAUCAACCUUCACAUUAAUGGGUCAUUGGGGGAAUGGGGUUACCAUGAUGGGGAAGUGUCCACCGGCGUUUAUUCUGUGUCUGGUAUGACUAUGAAGAAAUUAGAUAGAUGGAUGAAAAGAGAAAAAGUUGAGGGCUUAGUUGAUUAUUACUGGAAAGAAAAAGACAAGGAAUUUCAUGAUUGGAUUAGACCGAUAAAUCACGACGAUGAUGCUAUGGAAAUGGCAAGUGCUGGGAAGAGGGACGGAGAAGUGGAUGUCUAUGUUAGGAAACUGACCGUUAAAGACAUUGAGGCUUUAGUCCCUCCGCCCCCCUCGCCCCCACAUGUUGUAAUUGAGGAGAUACCAAAUCCCAAAGAUUUAGCUUAUGUGCUGGUGGCAGCAUUGGACAAAUUGGAGGGUGAUGAAGACCGGCAAUAUGAGAAGCUGUAUGACUAUAAGAGGGAGGUUUUGAGAACCAACCCAGGCAGCACGGUGGAGUUUAAAGAAGCAAGGGGGAAGUUCCAGGGAAUGUAUGUAUGUUUUGAUGGGUUGAAGCAGGCCUUCGUGAAUGGGAUGAGACAGAUUGUCUGUCUGGAUGGGUGCUGGUUGAAGGGUAAAUACGGUGGUCAACUUCUUUCUGCAACAGGGAUUGAUCCAAACGACUGUAUGUACCCCUUAGCAUAUGCCUGGGUUAAAACGGAGAACACGGAGACCUGGAUGUGGUUUAUUGGGCUACUAUCAGUUGAUCUGCACCUUACGAAUGCCGCUGUUUUCAUGUCCGAUAAACAAAAGGGUUUGUUGAAUGCUGUGAAGGAGUUGUUCCCAUAUUCAGAGCAUCGAUUUUGCUGGAGGCAUUUGUGGGCCAAUUUCAGGAGCACAUUUCACACGCAACACAUGAAGCCCUUCAUCUGGAACAUUGGAACAGCAACAUACAAAGCAGCCAUGGAUAGAGCAAUGAAAGCUCUGGAAGACAAACAUGACGCUGGCUACAAAUGGAUCAAAGAGAGGGACAGGAAACACUGGUGUAGAGCGCUGUUCAAAGAGGAAGUUAAGUGUGAUAUCCUCCUAAACAACCUGGCUGAAGCAUUCAACAAGUACAUACUUGCUGCAAGAGAGAAGCCAGUGUUGACAAUGUUCGAAAUGAUAAGGACGCAGCUUAUGAAGAGGAUUAAUGACAAGCAGAAGUUUGGGGGAAACAUGGAGGGUGAGCUGUGCCCAAAGAUCAGAAAGAAGCUUGCUAAAAUCAUUGAUUAUGGUUGGAAGUUCACCGCAGAUCCUGGUGGUAGCCCUCAGUGGCAGGUAGAGGGCCCAGGGGCCCAUGAUGGUAACUUAUUUAAAUAG